AAAAAUCAUGUUCUUCCCACUUCCAUAACAUUUCAUUAUUUCAAUGAGACGAAAGCACUGGGAUGUUAAGUAAAAAGGUUGGAAAAGUAAGGCACCUUGAUUUUGCCGCUGGCGGGAUUCACCGGUUUCUCAGAGUCAACGACUUGGUUCAUCAGUCAGGAUCUUGUUUUCAAUCCACUGCAUAUUGCUUCAGAGAACCUCUCAGCAAAUUCAGUGAACAGUAGCGUAAUUUAAUUGACUAUGGCUGUAAAUGAAGAUGAUACCGAACGAGAAUAUGUAACUCAAAAAGAGAAAAAACCUUCAGAGGAAGAGAAGAGGAAGAAGAAAAUUGUACCUGGGAGUUUGAUGAAAGCUCUAGUGAGGCCUGGAGGGGGUGACUCGACACCUUCAGAUGGUGACCAGAUCAUAUAUCAUUGUACAAUUCGAACUUUAGAUGGAGUAGUUGUGCAAUCUACCCGAUCAGAAUGUGGAGGGAAGGGCAUCCCAACAAGACAUGUAUUGGGCAAAAGCAAGAUGCUGUUGGGCUUGUUAGAAGGCAUUCCAACAAUGUUGAAGGGUGAAGUGGCAAUGUUUAAGAUGAAGCCUCAGUUACAUUAUUGUGAGGAUGAUUGUCCUAUUUCUGCUCCUGAUGGGUUUCCAAAGGAAGAUGAACUUCAUUUUGAAAUUGAGCUGAUUGAUUUUUUCAAAGCCAAGGUUGUUACUGAUGACUUGGGAGUUAUAAAAAAGGUAAUAUGUGAAGGGCAGGGUUGGGAAUCUCCUCGAGAACCUUAUGAAGUGAAAGCUUGGAUAUCAGCAAAGACAGUUGCAGGGAAGUUGAUUGUGUCUCACACAGGGGGAGAGCCUUAUUUCUUUACAUUUGGAAAAUCAGAGGUACCUAAAGGUCUUGAAAUGGGGAUAGGAACGAUGACACGGGAAGAGAAGGCUGUAAUUUUUGUUCGUAGUCAAUAUCUAACUCAGUCUCCUCUGAUGCCCCUGAAUGAUGAUUAUGAAGAAGUCCAGUUUGAAGUGGAGCUUGUCCACUUUAUUCAAGUUAGAGACAUGCUUGGAGAUGGGCGCCUAAUAAAACGUCGGAUUCGUGAUGGGAAAGGUGAUUUUCCAAUGGAUUGCCCUCUUCAUGACAGCCUACUUCGUGUUCAUUACAAGGGUAUGGUUCUUCAUGAAGAAAAGAGGGUAUUCUAUGACUCAAGAGUUGAUAAUGAUGGUCAACCACUGGAAUUCUGUUCUGGAGAAGGGCUUGUGCCAGAGGGAUUUGAAAUGUGUGUACGUCUGAUGCUGCCUGGAGAGGUAGCUCUCGUCACUUCCCCCCCAGACUUUGCUUAUGAUAAGUUUCCGAGGCCAGCAAAUGUUCCUGAAGGUGCUGAUAUUCAAUGGGAAAUUGAGCUUCUUGGUUUUGAAAUGCCAAAGGACUGGACUGGAUUUGACUUCAAAAGUAUAAUGGAUGAUGCUGAGAAGAUCAGGAACACGGGUAACAGGCUGUUCAAAGAAGGAAAAUAUGAACUGGCCAAGGCAAAGUAUGAAAAGUUACUUCGAGAAUUUAAUCAUGUCAACCCACAAGAUGAUGAGGAAGGAAAAGUAUUUUCAGAUACACGGAAUUUGUUACAUCUGAAUGUGGCUGCAUGCUUUCUGAAAUUGGGAGAAUUUAGGAAGUCCAUUGAGUUUUGCAAUAAGGUUUUGGAGGCAAACCCUGCACAUGUCAAGGGUCUGUACCGUCGUGGAAUGGCCUACAUGGCAGCCGGCGAUUUUGAAGAAGCAAAGACUGACUUCAACAUGAUGAUAAAAGUUGACAAGUCAGCUGAACCCGAUGCAACAGCAGCUCUUCUUAAACUGAAGCAGAAGGAGCAGGAAGCUGAGAAGAAGGCUCGAAAGCAAUUUAAAGGCCUUUUCGACAAGAAACCUGGAGAAAUAGCAGAAGUCAUCACGGCUGAAGAGGAUAAAGAUCAGAAGACAAGUGAAACCAGCAAGGAGGAGGAUGAAGGAUAUGGAGGUUCUGAUGGAAGGAGCUCAUCAGGGGAUUCACAUGAUGAGGCUGCACCUGCUGCCCCUCAAAUGGGGUGGUUCUCUCGCUUUUGGUCAAGCAGAUUAUUAUCAUCCUUUUGGCUUCGACGAUGUACCAUUCUAUGAUUUAAUCAUUUCACAAAUUCUCUUCAAAGGAGGCAUUAAUCCAGGUGACUCAAAUACACUACAGUUUUAUUAGAGAAAAGGAGUGUAGGAAUUUGUAGCAUUGAUGUUUGUUUAUCAGGAAACUUUCAAGUUGUCCAGUGAAGAUGGUGUCGCAUUUUUGCCCCAUCGCAUCUUAUUAAUUUUUGUUCUUCACUCAACUGAGAUUUAGUGUAAGCAUAGCAAGAAAUGGUAAAAACUUAAAAAAAAGAAAGAAUGAAUGAAAAUUAAAACUGUGCC